GUGAUAGGAGCUAGAGGAGAGGAAGCAUUGCUGAAGCCUGAGAUUGAACGCAACGUACCAUGCGAUGUAUGAAACAGAGAAGGAAGAAAAGAAAUCGGGAUAAUAACACAUUAAGAGGUAGCCUUGAAAAGAAAAGAAAACUUUUGAGAUGUUUAACACCAGCUCAGCACAACAGGAUUUUCCCUCCAAUGGAACACUGCCACAAAACUUGGAGAGACUGCAUUUGAUUUUGAUAGCACUAUAUAGUGUCAGUCUGGCAGGGGGCAUUGCUGGAGUCAUUGUGAUGUCCCUUCAAUUGUUUCAAAGGAAUAUAAAAUCUGUGAUGACCAUCAUUAUCAUCAAUCUCAUGAUGGUACAUUCCAUUCUCUUACUCAGCCUUCCUUUCCGCCUUACCUAUUACAUUUCAUCUGAAUGGAAAUUUGGGUGGUUCACCUGCAAAAUGUUUAGUGCCAUGAACUAUGCUCACAUGUACAUCACCUUCAUUUUCUAUGUCGCUAUUAUUAUAAUACGUCUCUUGAGACUGGAAUUUCGGAGGUGGUACACGAAAACCUGGAUUGCUGCUGUCUGGUUUGUGGGAACUGUGGUUAUCUUCCCUAUUUUUUUGUCAUAUUAUGGCACCUCUAAAAACUAUAACCAUUCUAAAUGCUUUCAGUUCCACAGAGAUAUUCAGGAGCAGGGUAUGAUGAUAGCAAACUACUGCAUGAUUGGUAUUAUGGUGGCAACAGUCUCUGCACUCUCCAUAAUCCAAUUAGCUGUAAUCUUUCAGUUGGCAAUGAAGUAUUGGCCUGACAUGAACUCACGUGUGGAAUUCAGGGCUCAGAUGAAGAGCUUUUUUUUCAUCUUGGUAAUAUUAGUCUGCUUUAUACCUCAUCAUGUAUUCAGAAUAUACUACAUCCAGAAUUUUCCCAUGGGGGAUGACCAUAACCUAUUCCUAUACAAUGAAAUUUUCUUAGCUUUCACAGCACUGUGCUGCUUGGAUAUGUUAUGCUUCAUAGCAGGAAUAGCCCAUUAAACUAUGAACUACUGGUUCAGCAAACCUUGAUUUUGGCUCUUCUUGGAAAUAAGAAAACUACUCAAGAGUUUACUGAGUUACAAGGACUACUGACUUUUCCCUAUGAGGAAAACGUUAUUUGGAUUUCUAUAAUUUUCAUUCUUUUGUAGCCCACUAGGAGACAGAAGUUGUUGGUUCUCAUUUUCUAUCCUGAGGGUUGAUAUGCCAUCAUGCAUAAGUAUUCCUCUAAUCUUUGAAGUUGCCUAAGUAUAUUGGCUUUGCAGCAACACCAAAUUUCACCAAGAAUUCUCUUUGCUCAUCUCUAGAGAUUCUAUGUAGUCAGCCCUUCCAAUUUACUCAAGAGUUUCUCAGUGAAAAUAGCUCACUUUACACAAUAAAUCUGCUCUCACAAUUAGCUCAUAUUGUGGAUGGUAUAUAAACAUAGAACAACCUCUAACUGGCCAAAGGUUAGGAAGAAUUUUCCUCCUGGAGUACAUUAUUGCAGAAUUGUCCGGUCUGAGGUUUUUAUACCUUCCCCUGAAGCACUUGAUAUAGAGAUCAAAACAAAAAAAGUUACCCUUUUCCCUUAUGCACUUUGCAACAGUGUUUUUGAAUUAACAAGAAAAUUGUCCAAAGAGUGGAAAAAUGAGUUAUGUUGAAAGAGUGGGAAAAGAGAAUCGGGAGCAAGGCUUAAAUUAAAUAGGUGGGUCUAAUCCUCAUCCACCUUGUCCUUCUCAUCAUCUACAUUUAUAAGGGGGAGUGCAUACUGAUUUUCUUUCUUGUAGCUGGCCAAGUCUCUGUUCUGUACAUUAAGAUAAAGUGUAUGCAACUGUAAUUUGACCUUAAUUUAAUGGCAUUUUUUUGCCACAGAAACCUGGGGUCAGCUCCCAUAAUUUAUAUUAUGCAGCUUUAGUACAAUGCCAGGCAUCACUCAGGCAGACACCAUCAGCAGCAACCAUUCAUCGUAGGUAUUUAAAUUAUUUCGCUCUUCUAAGCUCUCUGCUUGUGAUAUCCUCUAUAGUAAGUCCUGUUCCCUCAGUUCUGAAGGAUAGGUAAUGCAAAAUGGCACUUUAUAUAAACUGCUAACAUAAGUCACUGUUAGGUAGAAUUAAUUAUAAUUAGCUUUGCUGUUUCUAGGCAAAGUUGUUUUAUAAGGCUCAAAGGGGUUGCUUUUCUAUCAGUUAAAACCACAAAGUAGGUUAAGCAAAAUGAAACCAUUAUAACAGGAAGACUUGCAACCACUGAAAGAAGUUGUAUCUGAGACAAUGAAACACUGACUGACACACACAAGUGCAGCAGGCAUUUAGGUGUAGGUUAUAAAACGGGGAUUUGCAAAAAAAGGUUUAGCUCAGAAGGCCCAUUGGACAAUCAAGACCACAGGACACCUGGAUAAUAUGGUGGUUCCUCCUUCUGGUUUUGCUGUAAGCAACAGGCCAUUGCUUAUAGUAUUAAGGAAGCAUGAUUGCAUAGGGAUUUGUAGUUACAUUACAUUCAGCAUAUGGGCUGUAUUUCCUUUAAUAAAAAGCCAAGCAGCCUUUGGGAAAUAAAGGUACUUUCAUUAAAUUGUCAACUCAUAGCCUUAUUAUGAAGAACUAGUCCAACAGAUAUGGCAAGCCAGGCUGGAGGAUAAGGCAGGGGAUACUCUUUAGGAAUAUAUCUUGGUUGAGCAGAUUAUUCGAAUCACGACCAAAUAUCUUCCAACCACCCCUUGGUUUAAGACCACGGUACUAAUAAUUCUUGGCACUUGGGUAGAAAACAAUGUAGCAGGCCACAGCGGAGGACUGUUGCAGGCUACGGAAAUAUGUGGAAUGGGAGAUUCCUGGUUAGUGGAAAUCCAAGUCCUGGAUCUGGACUUUAUUAACAAGAAAAGAAAAAACUAAAGCGGCUGUAAUAGAAGGAUUGUAUUUAAAGGGGACAUCCUUGAAGGAUAAAGUGUCAUCCCUAAAAGUUGAAUGUAAGAAACAAAAAUCAAGUAAAGGACCCGUCUAUUUGGUGGCAGAAACAGGUGGAAGAGAUGAGAACAGAACCAGAACAAUUAAGAU